GUUUUUAGUUCGCUUCAUCUCAUAUUUAUGUCUCUUUUUAUCUAACAAAAACAGAAAUUUUCAGGGAAAAAUUAUAAAUCUGUGGCUGCUUUAGUCGUGUAUAUUUUUUAUUUACGUGUCAAAUUCCUCCUGGCUAUCUGCAAAUAAAAUUUGCAGCUCUUCACAUAGUCAAAACACAACUAUUCCUGACUGCUUUUAUAGUUAUAAACAUUGUAAAAUUUACCUUGUAAUUUUGACUUUCGCUAACAAAAACGUAUGGAGAAAGUUCUUUAACCACAGCAGUUGCUCCUCUUUUUAUUUUAGGUUUAUUUUUCUUCGUUUUGAAUAGUUUUGAAAGACUUUUAGACACUUUUUGCUGUUUGAAACUCGGCUCUCGUCGCAGGGCAAUAAAAAUUGCGUAUUGCCCGUGGGCAAUACGGGAAAAUCCUGCCUCGUCAGCAGCCAAUCAAAUUGCGCGAUUCAUCAAAACAAAUGCUUGCCAUAUAAUAAAUGUAUAUAUUUAUUGAUCAUUCAUUUUUAUAUUUGAUUAUUUCUCCAUGCAGCAUCUAGCGUUUGAUGCGAUUAUUCAAAUUACUACUGUUUUUAAAGCUAUUGGUAACGUGAAGGAAUAUUGGAGUAGGCGAACACAGGUAAACGAUUUGUUGUUGUUGGCCUAGCCUGGGAUGAUUUGUUGUUGGUAUGUUGUUGGCCUAGCUCUGGGAUGAUUUGUUGUUGGUAUAUAUGUUGUUGGCCUAGCUCUGGGAUGAUUUGUUGUUGGUAUAUAUGUUGUUGGCCUAGCUCUGGGAUGAUUUGUUGUUGGUAUAUAUGUUGUUGGCCUAGCUCUGGGAUGAUUUGUUGUUGGUAUAUGUUGUUGGCCUAGCUCUGUUUUCUAUACGAGUCAAAUCACUUGCUGUAAUUUUUGAAUGCUCCAUUCGGGAAUCGUCCCCAUGCGCCGCUCCUAUUUCAGAUCGUAAGUGAACAGAAAAUGCAAUGCAAAUUACUGAAAAGUACAGCUAAUAUGACAUGCUGUCCUUUUAUUUUUCCAGAGUGAAGAUAUGAAAGUUUCAAAAGUUAGUGUUGCAAAGCCUGUGGAACUUGAUUUUAGACUUGAUGAUCGUUCACAUCGAUCCAUUAAAACUGCUACACUCCAGUUUGAGAAAAUGGUAGGCACAAUAACUUUUUCAUUGUUUUCAAACUUAACUUGCCAAAAACAAUUUGCUUUAUGCGUUCACACAAUACUUGGUUCAAGAGAAUUCUUCAUAGUCCUGUUAGUUUCUUUUUAAUUAAUGCUUAAUGAAAAAUGACCUCUUCCUUUAAUUAACAUAUACUUUGUUUUCCAUUCUGUUGUUUUUCUUUUCUGUUGGUUUUCUUUUCUGAAAACCCGUGCAUGCAAGCAAGCAACUUUUCUUGACCUAUUUUAUGUGAGGGGAAAAUAUUGAGAUUUUUUCCCGAGUUUCCUGGGUAGUUUUACAAUCAUUUUCCUAAAAUAAAAGAAAAGUUCACGAAUGCGUAUUUAGAGCAUCUCAAUAUUUUUUCUUUCUGAAUUAGUCAUCAAAUAUUGGAAUAAGAAGUUUUCUGUGGAAAGAAUAUGGCAAAGCAUUUAUCAAACAACAUAGACUCCAUCCAGAUACGUACGUUCAAAUGGCUAUUCAACUGGCUGACUACAAAUUACAUAAAAGGUAUAUGUUGUUCUUGUUAGUUAAUAUUAAUUGAUUAAUUGAUUUGUAUAGGUAAUCAUGCGAUGGCGAAUACAAUUAUUGUACGAGCAACAUCGCAUGAUUACUUGUUUAUUAUUAGCAUGACAAAAUUGGAUAAUUCCCAAUGUCGACAUCAUAUUCUCUCGCCAAAGCCCAGUCCUGUCAGACUUUCAACCAAAAUUUGGUGCUUUUGUUCGUUUUGGGAAGCUCACUUACAUCACAAUACAACUCAAUACAAUAUAAUCUAUGUUAUUGUCCUCGUUUGUGCAAAAAGUGGUUCCGUUCUCGUCACGUGUGUAUUGCAUUUUACCGUAAACAACCAAUAGCUGAAUGUAAGGACCCCAUAAUUGGAGAUUACCUCUGUGGCUAGUCUCUGCCCGAAUUGUAUGUAAAUUUUGUAAAGUAUUAGUUUUAUUUAUGUCUGUUAUGUUUGGCGAAUCUUGUAAAAAAAAAAUUAAAAAAAAAAAAAUUUUAAAAAAAUGUUCGAACUCAGCUGUUCAUCCGUAACUGAAACAAUUGGUCAACCUACACAUUACUAUUGGUUGAUUUCGAAAAAAUACAAUACACCCGUGACGAGAUAGGACCCAUAUUUUUGCAUAAACCUACACAAACAUGGAUAAUGAGCUGUAUUUUAUUUUCGCCGAGUCACCAAACCAUGCAUUUUAUUAACUGUGUUUUGCUUUAAGUUCCUCUAGGGCAAUUUCAUUUGUGUUUAAUAAAUACCGCCAUUUUGUUUGUUUUGGGAAAAUCAUUAAUUGUACUGCAGUACAAUUAUUAAUGAAACAAUUGUACUCCUCUCAACCAAGCAGCAUCCAGUAAUUUUGUCAUGCUAAUAAUAAGGUUGGUUAUUGAUUGAUUGAUCGAUUGAUUUAUUCAAUAAUUGAUCGAUUCAUUCGAUUUCCACAUAUGCUUUAUUUAGAGUGGCUGCUACGUAUGAAACAGCUUCAACAAGGCAAUUUUAUCAUGGACGUACCGAAACGGUAAAUAGGGAAUUUAAAUAGUUUUAGUCCAUAAUGGACGUCCCAU